ACCAAUAGACGGGAACAGAGCGUCUUACUAGCAAAGAGGACUACAACUCCCAGAACCCCAUCUGUGCCGGAAAGGAAGGAAGAGGGGAAAAAAAUCAAAACCCAUAUUAACUACAAGCUGUUGGGUUGCCCAGGAUCGAUUGCAAACAAAAAUUUGGAGAAGCAUCUAUGGUAAAUGCAACAAGAGGCUUCGUAGAUGCAUACUUAUAGGAAGACUACUAUAUAUAGAGGCGCGUCUUAAAUUGGCUGGCGGGGUGUGUGCGGAGCAGAACUGACGAGAGAGCGCUCUGUUGCAGCAGUUGUAGUGGUGCCUUCGCCUUGCGUAUUGAAUUGAAGUGCCGAAGGAAAGGGCGGUGGUCGCUACACCUCGCGAGUUUCUGCAAGAGGAGGAGAAAAGGACAUCCCCCCCCCCUCCUCCCUAGGAAGAGAAAAAAGGCCUAAUGAAGAAGUAAGUUCUGGAGCUUAUGUUGGCAGAGAUGAAGGCAGCCGUGUAUGGGUUCUCCAGAGUCGUCCUGUUGUUCAUUUGGUAGCACUUCCUGAAAAAAGCUCUACAGAUUUCAUUGUCAGGCCUGUUGAAAGAGAAGCUGCCUGCACCUAUCUCCGGGAGAGCUGAGGUUGCUGGGUUUUUUUUCUUCUCUGAAUGUCUCUGGUUCCUUGAGAUGGCUUCUGAAGUUGUGGGAACUGAGUCGUGAGCUGUUUGUUCUUGCAGAAGCUGGUGGUAUUUGAACAAGUCUCUUGUAAGCAGUGAUGUCAGAAUGGACAAUCCCCCCUAACACAGCCUUGUCAGGAUAUCUAGUCCUGAAGCCUAGCCUCAGAUCCUGGAUGGAAGUGAAGGGAUUGCCAUGGAUGCCAGUGAUCCAGGGUUUGGGUUUCAGUCAAAAAGAGAUCUCUGACAGAAACUCAGUUGUGGCCUCUUCCUCUUAUGUUUUCCUUCUGACUGGGUCUUCAGAGUUAGAACAAGAAGUGGAUGUUAAGCAGGACUAUGAAAAGCCAUGUGUCCGACGCCCCAAGAUAUCUCAGAAAAGCCAGGCCUUCUCACCUGUCUCAUCCGAGGGCAGACCGGUACCCCAGUUUCAACCUGGAUUGUCCUCUCCUUCCAGUGGGAGCCAACAAGGUGAAGGAAAACCAGCUCAGAUGCCAGUGACCUUUGAGGAUGUGGCUGUGUAUUUCUCUGAGGCUCAGGGGACUUUGCUGGACCCUGACCAGAAAGCUUUAUACAGGGAAGUCAUGUUGGAGAAUUAUGAGAACGUGGUCUCACUAGGAUCUCUGACUUCAAAGCCUGAACUCAUCAUCCGGCUUGAACGGGGAGAAGAGCCAUGGGUGCCAGACUUUGGAAGUGCUCAAGUCUCAGGUUUUCUCAGGAAAAACCAUAUGUGCCCUGAAUGUGGGAGGAGAUUUGCUUACAAAGCAAAUUUUCUUCUGCAUCAGAGAGUCCAUAGCCGCCGAGAGAAGCCCCUUAAAUGUCUGUGGUGUGAGAAAUAUUUCUAUUGGAAAGCUGGCCUUGUGAGGCAUCAGAUGGUCCACAUGAAAGCAAAACCUUAUAAGUGUCUGGAUUGUGGGAAAUCCUUUCAUUGGAAGUCACGUUUCUUGAGACACCAGGAAGUCCACACUGGAGCAACAUGAGAGAAUGACCAGAGUUUGGCAAAUCUUUACUGUGGAAAUUGGUCCUGAUGAGAGAGAUCUUACCAGUGCUCAGAAUAUGGAAAAUGUUUUGCAUGGGAAGACCAUCUUUGGAUGUAUGCGGAAAUCCACAUGGGAGAGACGCCUUUCAAAUGCUUGGGAGUGUCAGAGAAGUUUUGUUUACCUCUCCCAUUUUGAGCAUCACAAGAAAUUCCAUAUGAAACAGAAACUGUACACAAAGAUUAACCUUCCUGGAUUUUAUCAGGAACCCCUAAAGCUCUAUGUGAAAUAGAACCUCCAUCAUGGAUCUUUGAUGGGAACUCACCUUAAUUGGUCUCCUACUAUUCCUUGAUAACAAAGAUUGGUUACAACUGCCUAGUCUAGCUCUAGCUGUAAAUAAUGGUGUAGCUCUUGUUGUAAAUAACUUACACCUCAGCACUUGAAAUCUCAUUCAUCUCAAUGAGAAAUAUUGAAAUCACCCCUUGAGUAAAUAGGACAUUGAAGGCCUUGAUUUUAGCUGGAAUGUAUUAUCUGAAGUGUUUGCUCAGCAAUUGUUAUAACUCGGUAGUCAAGUCGCCUCCUUGGAAUUCAGAGGGGAAAGAGUUGAGGUUAAAGGGCAGUGAGGCAUUGACUGACUUCAUGGCUGAAGUGUGACUCCUACUGGGGCCUUCACAGACUGCAUUGACACAGACUGCUACCGCUGCCUAGAAUUUCUCAGUAGGUUGAAUUUGGGAUUCUAAAAGUAGCUUUGACAUUUUCUCCCUCUGCUGUGGUAUAGUGUUUACUCUCAGGCUAAGACUGGAAGGACAUGGGUUGAAAAUACCUACCUUGCCAUGAAGUUUUCUGGAUGGCCUUGAACCAGUAACUCUCUUUCAGCUUAUUGUACUUGACAACUUGUGAGAAUAACAAAAGGAAGGGAGAACUAUAUUCGUUGCUAUGGGCUCCUUAGGUGGAAGAUAGGAUAAAAACAUACUUAACAGAUUUUAAAAAGCAUGAUGUGUUAGUAGUUUUGCCUAGGAAAAUGGAAGCAAGCAAGCAAAAAGGCUCUCAUUGGGUUGUGAGAAACGUAGCGAGGGGUGGAGAGUUGUGACAUCCACCUCUGUGAGGUACUGGGAAGAGGGGAAGGGACAUGCAGUUUGAAUAGAGUUGUCCUUGCGUCCCAUUUUCUAACUGCAUAGUAGACAAUUGGGAGAACUAAACCCUUGGUUGAGAUGGAGCUGAAUUUCCUAAUCUUUUACAACUGAUUAAAAGGACAGCUAAAAAGAUAUAUUUCUGGUUCUGCUGUACUAAUUUAUACUUCAAGUUAAAUCAUAUGCUCUUCCAAAAAAUGAGAUAAAAUCAUGAUUAUGAUACCAA